AUGCAGUCAAGGCAGUGGAAAUUCGAUGAUCUUGAUCCAGACUUCAGCCCGAGCGGCUUCUGGUACUCACACACCAUCCCUGAAACAGAAAGAACAAGGGCGCUGGCGACAAUUCAGCAGUCGGCAGCAGCAGAGACAACAUCAGCAGCAGCGGAGACAACAUCGGCAGCAGCAGAGACAACAUUGGCAGCAGCAGAGACAACAUCGACAGCAGCAGAAACAACAUCGACAGCAGCACAGACAAAAGCAGCAGCAGCAGAAACAUCAACACCAGUCGUCGGUCCCUCAACGGCACAGCCCUCCAUCGACGAGACGCCGCCAACACCGGCGCAGCAGCUCAACCCGGCACCACGGGAAAGCUGGAGUACUUGA